GUGGAAUUUACGGAAUUUUAGUAUAAUAAAUGUGUUAUCUUGAGGAUUAAUGUUGUGUAGAUUCCAUAAAAUUACCAUUAGUUAAAUUAAUUUAUAAAGAUGUGAAACAUGUUUUUAGUUUAAUUUACUGUUUAGAUUUGGGAAUCUUUUAAUUUUCCCGAAAUUUCAUAAAUUUUAUUCUCUUGUUCUGUAGGAUAAGUUAAAUGUGUAACUCCAAUGCUAUUUUUAGCUUUAUUUUUCAUUCUUUUUCCUCAAAUUCGUACCUCAAACGCAUUUUUACUCUCUCAUAAAAAUUACUCCAAAACACUCAAUCACAAUCUUAACACCUUAAAUAAUCUAAACUAUCGCAAUCUGGACACUUUAAAUGGUGUUAAUUAUCGCAAUCUUAAUGCUAUUAGUAAUGACAGUGCUGUUGUGGAGAUGGAGUCUGAGCGAUCGAAGAAGAUAAAACUACUGAGAUCUUCGACUGGACGAGGUGCUCAGGAGUGUUACAAAGCCUUAAUGAAAGCCAAUGGUGACGUUAAACUUGCCUCUCAAAUUAUCCUAAACACCGUUUCUGACGCUAAAAAUCCCUCAAACAACGGGGAGAUAGUAAUGUUGUUGGAGGGUACGGUAGCGUUGAGUUGUGUGGAAAAGGUUUGUUGUAUGAUUGACAUGAGGUGUGACACUGAUUUCGUGGCCAAAAAUAAACUCUUCACAGCAUUCGCUAAGUCUUUCUCCAACUCCGCUCUACUCUCUUUCACACUACUCAAUAAUUCACACACUCCAGAGGAUACUACACUAAAACCUCCAGUUGACAAGUUGUUGGAAAGUGUACUGAGUAAAGUGUGUUUAAGAUGUGGUAAGAGUGUGGGUGAGACUGGCAAGUAUGUGAGAAGUGCAUUGAGAGAGUCAAUAUCAGUAGCAAGAAUAUCAUUUCUCGUAUCAGACCCUGAUGAGUAUUUUGUGUUUUAUGUACACUCGUCACUGGAUCCGAAAAUCUCAGCAUCUUACGCCGGGACUGCAGCGGCUAUUCUGUCAUUCCAAAUACCAAACACUAAUAAGUUCUACAAUCUCCACAAUUUCCACAGUGAUCCACAGGGUAGUAUGGACACUGUGGAAAGUGUUGGUGUGUUGAACUGUUGUUUGGAGGGAGUGGAUUGUGUAUACUCUAGCAUGAAUAAUGUGACGCAAUUUGAUAAAGAGUUGGAAACCGAUGAACUUAAACGUUUUUUAAGACAAAUGGCCUUACACACAGUCGCAGAAAAACCCAAAGAAAUUGAUAUUGAGCGGUUUGAUUCUGGGGGAAGGAGUGAGAUGGAGAGGGAAUUGGAGAAGUUGGUCAACUCUGGAAAGACUAGAGAAAUGGCCGAACGCAUUGUCAAGGGCAAAUUACGUAAAAAAUACGGACAAGACGUUCUCAUGGAACAAAUUUGGACGUUUGGGAAUGGUGAGUUGGUGAGUGAGGCGAUGGAGAAGAUGAGUAAAAAGGUAUCAAGGGAGAUAAAGUUAAAAAAGUUCAUUUCCUACGCUAUUUCCGAUGAUUUAAUCAACUAUAAACACCCUCAGAAUUGCGUCUUCUACAAUACCAAUAUUAACUUCUAACAAACUAAUAUCUAUACAGAGUAGGCAUAGAGUUUAGGCCUAGUUACUCUUCCU